UGAAGAAAGUAUAAAAGGCGGAUGAGAGAAAUUGUAAAGUUCAGAAUUGCUUUAAUUUGUGAGCAUUUGGUUGUGUUUUUGUGGAUUUUGAAGCUACAUCGUUUAUGAUGCGAUUAAAAUACUUAUUGCCGAUUCUCUUCCUACAGUUCAUAGCUGUUACUGCACAAGACAUAAAACCAGAAGAUAACUCACCAGAAGGAUGUUUUAUGGACGUUUGUGGUGAAAAUGCAGUCUGCAUAACAACACAAACGGGAUAUGAAUGUUUAUGUCCUGAAGGAUCGGUUGGAAAUCCUGACAUGAGAUGUUAUUUUAAAAUAUAGAUAUUAUUGUCAAUACUUUGUAUGAUAUUGUCGAUAAAAUUUAUUAUAGUUAUUUGAACAAUGCCUCAAUAAAUUUUUGGAUAUCAUAACAAAAUAAUAGGAAACCUGAGAUAAAGUCAAAAACAACUAGCAUGUAUCAUACAGAA